AUGGAUUAUUUAAGUACCCUAGGUAAUUCACCCCCUAUUCAAUCUGCUAUCCAAACCAUACAACGAUGUUUACCUAUGACAGUCUCGCAUAAGCUUGAGGAUUUCUAUAGACGGUCUUCAAGAAAUGAACUUAUCUUUAUUGGUGCUGCUACUUUCAUCAGCUUGUAUAAUUUAGCUGCGUAUAUUAAGGCCAAACGUCAAAAGCUUAAGUUGCCCCCUACUAUACCCUAUGGUCUUCCUUUCUUGGGUCAUACAUUGUAUUUAACCUUAAUGCCUAAUAAAUUUAUUGAUUGGUGCAACAAACACUAUGGUGAAAUCUAUAAUAUUAGCGUCCUCGGUCGUUAUAUUACAGUUACAAAUGGUAAAUGUGCUGAAGAAUUUAUGAAAGCUGAAAUUAAUGAUUUAUCUAUGGAAGAAGGAAAUGUUAAAGAUAUGCUUUAUCUUCACUAUGUUAUGGAUGAACAAUUCCUUAGUGAUAGUCGAGUUAUUUUACCUGCAGCAGCAAAAGUGGCUAUCUCACAAAAAAAGAUGCCUUACUAUAUUCCAGGUAUUGAAAAAGGUCUCAAGACCGCUAUUCACAAGUGCUUUAAUCAAAAUGAGCCAACGAUUGUCAAGGAUCCUAGUCAUUUUGUUCAAAAUCUUGUAGCUUAUAUGGGUGUCCCAACUUUGAUUGGGAAGGAAGUGGGUGAAAAUGAAGAAGUGAUUCAUUCGUUUGCUAAAUUUACAGAUGAUAUUGUUGGCAAUAUAAAAUAUUGGGCUAUCAUACCUAAUUUCCUUCAUCCUUAUUUUAAGCCAUUUAUUCAAUCUGGUUCUCAACAUAAAGAAACAAUGAAAAAACAUAUCUCCAAGGUGAUUGAUGAUCGUCAAGCUAAGAUGCGUAUUGCAAAGGAAGCAGGACAAGAUCAUGGACUUGACGAAAAUUUAUUACAAAGUUUGAUGGAAUAUACUGAAGGUAUUGAUGAAAACACAGGUGAGCCACUCUAUCUCUCUAAAAAGCGUCUCUAUGAGGCUGUGUUAUCGAUUGCCUUUGCCUCUGUUCAUACAACUACGUUAAACCUUAGCUAUUGUAUUUAUUGGUUGAUUGCUCGACCUGAUUUGAAAGAAAGACUUGUAGAAGAAAUCAAGACAUAUCUACCAGGUGAUACACCAUUCAGUUGGGAAAUCAUGCAAGAAAUGAAAUUCCUAAAUAAUUUUAUUCGUGAAGUCCUUCGACAAGGUGUUGGUUUCGUUGCACAUGGUAAGAAAGCAAUGGUUGACUAUACCUUUUACAAUGGUUAUCAAGUCCCAAAGGGAACUACAAUAGAUUGUACAAUGCGUCAAAUGAAUUUUGGUAGCUCUACUAAUAGAUCUACUGUUGACACUAUGGAUCCUGAAGCUUCCUUGAAUAAGCAAAGUUCCACACCUUCUAAGGAUUUUGUUAGUUUUGGUUUGGGUAAACAUAUUUGUCCAGGUCGUUUCUUUGCUGUUCUUGAAAUUUCAAUGACACUUGUUUAUAUUUUAAAAUCUUUUGACGUUAACACACUCAACGGUAAAAGACCUUACCCCGUGAAGAAUUUCGCUGGUAUUCAUGUUAGUUAUUGUAAAGAUCCUUUAGUUUUUACUCCCAGAAAAACAAAAUUAUAA